AUGAAGUCCGUCCUGGUCACGUCAGCCCUAUUUGCUGUUGCAACUGCAAGGACCACUGGAACAUUUGGCGACGCUUCCCAGGAUUGGAGUUGGUCGCAUCCCUAUCCUGGUUCCGGUCCUGGUUCUGGCCUCCCGGACACUCCAAGUCCGAGCAACACCGCAUUCGGACCCCUCGAACACCUUGGUGCGAAUAGCCCUUGGUUUGAAGGUCCAAAUGUCUUCGGCAUAUCAGCGACAAUUCCGGAUAAGUGCAAGGUCGACCAAGCAGUUUAUAUCACUCGUCAUGGAAGUCGAUACCCAGAUCCGGGUGCAUACAAUGGCUGGAUCCAAAAUGCAUCAUUCCAGGCGACAGGGUCUCUUGCGUUUCUCCGUGACUGGAAGCCUGUCCUCGACAAUCCCGAUCUUGAACUCGCUCAGGUCUCGCCUGGUGGUUACGAUGAGCUUUAUCACUACGGUGUUGAGAUGAGAACUCGAUACCCCGGCUUCUACCAAUACGGCGCACCUUUCCGUGUAUGGGCCAACGAUUAUCCACGGACCAUUGAUAGUGCCAGACUAUUUGCUCGCGGCUACAUCGGCCCCAACUCAACCUCACUCGGAACUGUCUACGCAAUCAAUGCAAAAGCUGCCUCCGCGGUGGGAAACUCCCUGGCCACGUCAGAUUCGUGUCCCACAUUCGCAGACAAUUCCGGCUCAGGCUACGCGGACGCCUAUGACAACGUUUAUCUCCCUCCGAUCGUGACCCGCCUCAACGCGUUGCUCAAGGGAAACCUGAACCUCACGACCAGCGAUGUCAGCAAUUUCCCUUAUCUGUGUGGGUUUGAGAGCCAGAUCCUGCGCCGUAUCAGUCCUUUCUGCGCCGUGUUCACCGAGCAGGAGACGCUUCAAUACGAGUACCGCCAGGAUCUGCGCUACUGGUACGGCACGGGACCUGGGGCGUAUAAAAACGCGUCUGUUCAACUUCCAUUGCUUCAGGGGGUGGUCGAUCUGCUUUCCUCCGGACCAAAGACAUCGGUCGCAGGGUCUACAAAUGGCAACAACAAACUGGGUCCGCUGACUGUGGCCUUUACCCAUGACAAUCAGAUCAACGAGUUGGCUUCUAUACUCGGCAUAUUUGACCAGCAGAAAGCCUUGUCAUCAAUGUCGAGAGAUAGCAAUCGGAUCUACGUCAGUAGCCGGAUCAACCCUAUGCGCGGCACGGUGGCUUUCGAACGUCUGAACUGCUCUAACAAUCUCUACGUGCGCAUCCGCCUGAAUGAUGCAGUCUAUCCGGUCCCAGCAUGCAAAUCAGGACCCGGCUCAUCCUGUCCGCUGCAGCAGUACAGGGACCAGAUCGUCGCGGGCAAAUGGGCUCAAUUCGGCUCCUUCUCGUCGGUGUGUCGUGUACCGAGUCAGAAUGUUACCACCGCGGAGGACGGAGGCGUCAACUUCUUCACGAAUCUGGCGUCGAGCGCGAUUAGGAGCGUAGUGCCUUGA